AUGAGCAGUGACGGCGACACGGAUGACCCCGACCUCAGAGCGGCCAUCGCUGCUUCCUUGGGCAACUUUCCAAGUGAGGAGAACCGGCCCAACGGAAACUCACAUGAAGUCGUCGACCUGACGGCGGAAGACUCCGACUCAGACGUGGUGCCCAUCUUUCCCAAGUCCAACUCUGUCAUUGGCUCUGAGACCGAUGACGAUGAAGAGACAGUAGACGGUGAUAGUGAAGAUGAAGAUAUGAAGAAAGCAAUCGCAUUAUCUUUGCAGGAUCUCACCAAGGAUGACGAUGGCCCAUGGGAAAUCCCGGGCCCUAAUGAAAGCAACAAGCCACAGAACUCAGAUAGGCCUUCUAGCCAACAGUCCCAACAACCCCAGAACCCGACGGGGAUAUUGGGUCUGGAUAGGAAGCAGAUGGAACAGGAACGCCUUGCGCGGCUCGCGAAGAGGAAAGCUGUGGAUAUUCCUGAAGCGUCGCAGCCUGAACCCAAACAUCCAAAAAUAGAGACGCCAUCGGCAAGCCAUAAGCCCCAAAUCCCAUCUACUGAGUCCUCUGUGCAGUUCCCAGAGGGAGUAGUCAAGAAGACAUGGACUUUUGGCUUGCCCCGUCAAGGAGACGAUAUCAAGAUUGAAGAAGUCCUACAGAGAUCAGAUUUGAAGGUGGCUGUACUCAGCUCCUUCAUGUGGGACAUGGACUGGCUGUUUUCAAAAAUGGAUCAGGUCAACACCCGGUUUGUCUUCUUAAUGCAGGCCAAGGAUGAUGCCACGAAACGACAGUACGAAAGGGAGACAGCUGACCUGCGCAAUUUGAAACUGUGUUUUCCCCCAAUGGAGGGCCAGGUGCAAUGCAUGCACUCCAAAUUAAUGAUCCUCUUCCACCCUGGACACGUCCGAAUCGUCAUCCCGACCGCUAACCUGACUCCAUAUGACUGGGGCGAAAUGGGCGGCGUCAUGGAAAACACCGUAUUCCUCAUCGACCUUCCAAAGCUACACCCAGACUCCGAACGCAUCGAGACGAACUUCAAGAAAGAGUUAAUCUACUUCCUGCAGGCCAGUGCGGCGUACGAAAUGGUCACCACCAAGCUCAAUGAAUACGACUUUAGCAAAACUGCACAUAUCGCACUUGUCCAUAGCAUACAUCGUCCGUAG